UCUUCGCCUCUCCUUUAGUUUUGGACAAUGAUGAGGACAUCAAGCAGCUCAACAAAGAGAUUAAUGACCUUAAUGAAUCCAACAAUGAAAUGGAGGCUGACAUGGUCAACCUGCAGACUCAGAUCUCCUCUAUGGAGAAGAACCUGAAAAGCAUUGAGCACGAGAAUAAGAUGAUUGAGGAGCAGAAUGAGGCUCUGUUCAUGGAGCUGUCUGGUCUGAGCCGAGCCCUCAUCCGCAGCCUGGCUAAUAUCCGUCUGCCGCACAUGCAGGAGCCAAUCACAGAGCAGAACUUUGACAGAUACAUCAGCACCCUGACUGACAUGUACACCAACAAGGACUGCUUCCAGAGCCCCGAGAACAAGGCUCUGCUGGAGAGCAUCAAUAAAGCUGUGAAGGGCAUCAAGGUUUGAGGCUCCACACAUACAAAUGGAGAACGCAAACUGUCCCAAAGUGCAGAGAACGCGGUGGAGGUGGAGUCAGGAAGGAGAGAGGUUGAAAUGCUCUAUGAUAUAUCGAAAUAUGAUUCAAAAACAAAAAAAGGGAAUUCAGGUUAUUUAAGUAAAUGGCAACUUAAAAAAAUCAACCCAGGGAGCACUCUGUUGAAGAAAAGUGACGCGGACCAAAAUCCACAUCAUGCUGCUGCUGGGAUUCAAAGGAGGAACUAGAAGAAGAUCCAUGUUACUAGAAGCUGUAUCUGGGGGUUUAAAUAUACUGUAUGUUUACCUGUUGUCUCUUUUGUGUCCUUAACUGUUUUUCGGAGAGGGUUUCGCAACUGGUCAGUCAGUUUUUUAGCAUUUCUCCUCGGCCGGAACACUGAGACAGGCGAGGCUCGAGUAUUGCUCGCCAGAGCCCGGAGACAGGAAGAGGAGUACUAACUGGAGCAGAAGACUCCCAACGCCACUGUCUCCUGUAGCAUUCUCUAUGGCAAGCAUCUGCAGCUCUGAAAAUCUCUCUGAUCCAUAACCAUACUCGCACCACACCCCCCGGCAUGCACCAAACUGAAUGUGCGUUUGCUUGGUGGUAUUACUGCAGCAAUCAUCAGUGGGGAAAAAAAACCUCAUCAAGCAAGGUCGCGAGUUAGAUUUAAACGCUGCAGACCCCCCCCACCCAAUGAAAUGAUAGUAAUAGUGUGCACACAUUUCGAAUUCAGUUAGUCAUAUCUAUAGUACUUAUCAGCCUAGGAAUUGCACUUCAUUUCAAUGACUAGUUUUUGUGGUACAACAAUUAUUGUUAUAUAUGAAUUAUUUAUAUCUGUGAACUUUUAAAUUGUAACUUAUUGCCAUUUAUGUUAUUGAGGUUUAUUUAUUUGAAGCAAUCUAUUUAUUAACUUUGUUUAGUGAAACACACACAAUGCAUCUUUACUGAUUAUCAAGGUCAAAAAGCAAUUUGCAGAUGUCGUACGUCAAUAUUUUAAAAGUCUAUAUAGAUAAAUGACAAGGCAUAGUUUGUUUUGGAGUACUUUUUAAAAAUCCUUUUUAAGUGCAAAUAUUUUAUAAUAGACUCAAAUUUUUUUUGAUAAUUUUACAGUAAAAAAAAAUAUUUUUUUGGCUUGUUGCUCUUGUUUUCCUCGUUUUUAUUUUGUUUGUGUUCUUUCUGUUACAUUAAAAAACACAGAUGAGGAGAUGAAAACAAAAAGAAAGUAUGUAUUUAUUAUUUAUUUAAUAUGAAAGAAAUUGACUGAUAUGGCUGUAUAUUUAUUUUGUUAUUUAUGUGCGUGAUGUGACAGUUGAGUCUGAGUAGUCUUAAAGAUCCUCUGCUAAUAUUUAAAUAAAGAACAAAAAAAUAAAUAAAAUCAAUUCAAAUACUGUUUGAUUGCUUAGGCAUAGAUGUACCAGCAGCUGAUUGUUAAAAAAACAAAACAAAACAAACAAACAAAAAAAAUACUCAAAAGCAAUCACUUUCACUAUCCGCUCUCUGAGUGUUUGCUUUUGUCAGGUGAUGAGAACAAUUUGUAGAGGAAUUUAAAAAAAUGUUACCUCUCCCAAGCGCUUUGUAGCAGCCAGAAGUGGCUCACCCACAAUCUCUGUGAUGUACCAUGGCUGUUUAAGUAACGGUUUUGAAUUCUUUACAUCAGUGCAGUGGUACAUGUGUAGAGCUCUAUUCCAGCAGUGUUUUAGUCUGGAUGUACGAGUCUAAAACACACACAGCGACAUAUCCAACCCUCGAGGAUACUGUAGGAUGGCCUCCUUUGACAAACUUUUAUCAGAUAAACAUACACACCCUUGUAGCCUUACUCUAGAUUUUAAUUUUUUGAUGCACAAAGUGCCACUAAAAAAUAAAUAAAUAAAGGAGAAGAAGAGAACUCACUUUCUUUCCUGACUCUUCGCAUUUCUGCAAUGUAACAAUGUCUGGUCCUGAGGAGACCACAGCAUCGAAAGAGUGGUGAUUGUUUCAGAUGCCUUUAUUUCUCUGCCAAGAUGGCCAUAAGUACACUAUAUAUACAUUCUGUAUAAAUAGAUUUUAAAGAUGCUAUAUAUAUACAUAUAUAUAUAUAUAUGAAUAUAAACAUACAUAUAUUUUUACAGUGUAAUUGUUGACUUGCUCUUCUUCUUCUUCUCUUGUAUAUCCUUAUCAAAAGAUCACUAGCUUAUUUGAAAGAGAAAUGAGGAGGGAUUAUCAGUAGGAGGCAGUUACACCUUAAUUAAUAUCACUAAGACCUGCUCAACUGUGGCUUUAAACAUACCAUUGAGUCAAAGCUGAAGGCGAUGAUACAGUACAAUACUUUGGAAGUGUUCUCAUAGGAUUCCUUUUUUUAAAUUUUCUUUUUCCUUGUCUGUCCCUGAUCCAGAAAUGUCAGAAACAUCUCCUGUAUGUUGUACUACUGAAUCUGAGAAAUGAAACCAUCAGUUUAGAUGGUUGGCUCUUUGUUCCUAAGUGUCAUGUGAGUUCAUGUAUGAAAAAAAAAAUUGAGAAAAAAAAAAACACACACAAAAAAAAAAAUGGUGAUGCCUCUGAGUAAUGCG